UUUAAAAUUAUUAUAAAUAAUGACUAAAAAGACCAAGAAGGUGGGAAUCACAGGAAAGUAUGGUACUAGGUAUGGUGCAUCAUUGAGAAAGAUCAUCAAGAAAUUUGAAAUCUCAUAACAUCAAAGAUAUUUCAACACCUUCACUGGAGCUGUAUUAAUGUGUCACAAUAUUAUUUAGCAUUCUUUAAAAAGACAGGCCAUUGGCAUAUGGAGAUGCACUCAAACUGGAUUAUAGAUUGCAGGAGGAGCUUGGGAAGUGAAGUAUAAGAAAUAAUUAUCAUUAGUACUCCAGCUGGAUUAUCUGCUAAGUAAGGAAUGCUUAGAAUCAAGAAAUUAAAGGAAGAUGCAGAAGUUGAUAUCAAAGAGGAGAAGAAGGACUAAAAGAAGUAGUAACCCAAAGAACAAAAGGAAUAAGCAUAACCUUAAUAAAAAGGAAAACCAUAAUAGGGUGGAGAUAAAAAGAAGGCCCAAGGCAAAAAGCAAUAAUGAUAUCGUAUACAUAAAUUAUAUAGUACAUAAACGCCCAAU